UUUUUUUGUACAUUAGUGAUGGUGGUAUGUUUAACAAAAAAAAAAAUAAUAAAUCAUGUAUACAUGGGACUCGCACAAGUUAAUUAAAUUCAAUUAAAUAAAUCUCAAUUUUAUUUUGAAGACAUACAAAAUAAAAAAAGAACACAACGAAUUUGUAUAUCGAGCAAUUGCUGCAGCUGCUUUGGACGUGUUGCUGCUGUACGGUGCUCUUUGCGGAGCUCUGUUCUAGUGUUAAAGGAGUAAGACCGCAGCAGAGUAGCAGGUUGAGUGUAUAGGUGUUAAAAGGAAACAUUUGGCAAAUUAAGAUUUUAUUGCCAAUAAAUUGACGGGGUACUGAUAUAAGUAGUACUAUAAUAAGCCUGCUUAGAUGACUCGACUAAUUGAGAGGGGUCAAUUAACUAUUCGGUAACCAUCAUCAGCCAAAAAAAGUAAGCAAAGAAUUCUAUAUUCAUAGGUAGUAGUAGUGCAGUAGUGUCAUUUAUAGAUGAUCAAUGUUAAAAGUUUAUUACGAACUAACGAAUAUUGCUGCUUGUGGUAAAUUAACAUUUAAUUGACUCCUAUGUCUGGAGCAGAGAUUUAUAUACAUUUGACUGCCACAAUUCAUAUCAAAAGGGCGUAAAUACGAAAAAUCCCAGCUCAUAUUACAAAAAUUCAAUGUAUCUCUCCUUAUCCUGCAUAACUGGAAUUCUUGGAUUAUGGCGCAAUUUAAUUUAUAUAACACAGCAAAAAGUAAAUACAGCAACUCACCAUCGUCUGCAGAGCCUAUUGAUAUUAGUCGUAUCGAUAACGACCAUGUACCUCUGUGUUCAGUUAAUGAUGUUCAAUUGCGAUUUCUGGUACCAGACGAUUUAACAGAGGUACGAACAUUAUGUCAAGAUUGGUUUCCCAUCGAUUAUCCUCUGUCCUGGUAUGAGGAUAUAACUUCCAGUUCACGAUUUUUUUCCUUAGCAGCUGUAUAUAAUUUAGCUAUUAUUGGUUUAAUUGUAGCAGAAAUAAAACCCUAUAGAAAUCUAAACAAGGAGGAUAAGGGUAUUUUACCUGAUAGUAUGGGUAAAACAGCUGAUAUUGGCUAUAUACUUUCAUUGGGAGUACAUCGAAAACAUCGUCGUAAUGGUAUAGGAUCAUUACUGUUAGAUGCUCUUAUAAAUCAUCUAACAACAGCCGAAAGACAGUCUGUUAAGGCAAUAUUUUUACAUGUGUUAACCACAAAUCAACCUGCCAUAUUAUUCUAUGAAAAACGAAGAUUUAACCUGCACUCUUUUCUGCCUUAUUACUAUCAUAUAAGAGGUAAAGGUCAAAGAGAUGGCUUCACAUAUGUAACCUAUAUAAAUGGAGGCCAUCAACCCUGGACACUAUUAGAUCAUAUUAAGCAUUAUGCAUCCAAACUACGCAGGACUGGUGAAGUAUUUAAAUGGUUUUCGGCACGUAUAAGACAAGUGAUACGAUGGAUAUGUCACAAAACUGUAUCACGAUUUAAUUUCGCCCACUAAACUAAUGAAAAAAACAAAGCAUACAUUAAUUAAAACAAAAAUUUAAGCAAUAAAUAAUAAAACAAAAUAACAUAACAUGUACGUUUAAAUAACAACAAGACGUACAAAUAAUUAUAUCAUCAAUGUAAAUUACAAAUAAAAAAAAAAAAACGAAAGGAAGAUACAAAUUAACAAAUAUAAUAAAAUAGAAAAUAAAUUAUUGCAAAAAAGUUAUAAAUUUAAUUAACAUAAUUUUUAAAUAAUAACUGUAUGUAUAUGUUAACAAUGUACGUAUUAUUUGAUUUAAUCAGUUGAAUGUACCUAUAUUAAAAAAAGAAAGAGAAGAAAAAUAAGCUGAGGAGGACUUUUGAUGAAACAACUAAACAUAAGUUAGACUUUUUUUCUGAAGCCAAAUUUAUUAGAAAUAUAUUGAAUAUUAUUUUUUCAAAACUAUUAUUUAAGCACGUUCGCUUUUCUUAUAUUUAUAUUUAAAGUUGUUGCAGCAAAAGUCUCUAGAAGUAUAACAACUACUUUUAUCUAGUAUAAUUUUAUAUUUAUAAUGGAAAACAUAAAUGUAUUUUUAAGUAUGAAAUAUUAAAAUUUACCACAUACAAAAUCAGACAAGAAUACACACAUUAUUCAAUUUAUUUAAGUAUAAUAUUUAGUUUUAAUUUCCAUGCUAUGUGGGGUGCUGUUUUUAGUUAGAUUUUAGUUAAUGUUUUUAAUUUAAUUAUGUAAAUUAAAUUGCCCACAUGCAUAAGUAUAAUACAUUGUAUUUUCAUACUUGUUAAUUCUAUUACCUCUCUUAAUAUCAGUAUAUACAAUACAUAUGCAACAAAAAAGUCUAGCUACCAAAUAAUUAAUUAAAUUUAUUAGUUGAUUUUGUAUUUUAUUAUAAAUGAUUUUUAUUUUAACUCAAACUAAUCAGUAUCAUCAGUCUUUUUUUUAUUUAAUAUUAAUUUCUAAUAAUUUUAUUAUGUAUUGUUUCAAGUUAUAUUGUUUAUAUUAAGUAUUUAAAUUUAUGUCUAGGCAUUUCGUUUUCCUUUUUAAGAAUUUCAUAUAGCAAAUUUAAAAAUUCUUUUAUUUUUUUUUUUUAUAAAUUAUGAUAAAAUAAAUAAAUUAUUGAAAACAUUAAAAGAAA